AUGGCGGGCCGAGGCUUCACCCGCUGGGCGCUGGCGGCCGCCCUGGCCUUGGCGGUGGCAUUGGCGACACUGCGCCAGGAAGGCGGGCGCACCGCCAGCUUCCCGGUGCGGAGGAAGCUGCAGCAGGAGGGCCCCUUUCAACCGCUUCCGGCCCCUCCUCCCGCCCCUCCUGCCGGCCUCCCCGCUCCGGUCGCCGACGCGCUGACCAACCAGCUGGAAGGGCUGGGCGCUGGAGUCCCGGUCAUGCCCCCCGCCAUGCCAGCAGCUGCACCCCCCAUCUCCGCCCCGCCUGCCCUCGAGCAGCCGCCGCCGCCGCCAGCAGCCGAAGCGCCAGCGGCGCAGCCUGCUGUGGGCCCGACCGUGCAGCUGCCAACCCCUGCCCAAGCCAUGGCGCCUGCGGAGUCCACCCUGGUCCCUGCCGUGGAGGUGGAGGCUGUGGGCGUACCAUCGGCUGAGCUGGCCGCCAUGCCGGUGCCAGCCGCGGAGCAGCCGCAGGCUGGAGUGCUGAGGGCCCAGCCCCUGCCACCUGUCACCGCUGCCUUUGCGCCCCUGCCCGAGGCGCCAGCAGCAGAGGCUGAGGCUCCUGUCGUCACUGCGGUGCCAGCGCCCGAGCAAGUGCAGCCGGCAGCCGCGUCGGCAGUGGAGGAAGUGGCUGUGCCGGCACCCGAGCCGGCGGCCGAGGAAGCUCAGCCCGCGGCAGCAUGCACCAACACACGCCCUGACACUCGCUUCACCUGCCAGGAGCAGCGCAGGUUUGGCAAGUGCAACGCGCCGUUCAUGACUCUCGGCAACUUCUGUGCCGCCACCUGUGGCCGCUGCACCCCCGCCGAGCUUGCUGCCGCCGUCCAGCUGGGUCAGUGCACAGACGCUGCGCCAGACAGCCGCUAUAGCUGUGAGCAGCAGCGUAGGUUUGGCAAGUGCAAUGAGCCGUGGAUGACGGCGGGCGGCUUCUGUGCCGCCACCUGCGGGCGCUGCACCCCUGGCGCCGCCCCAGCCGGCUGCCUUUUUCCUGCCAGUACCCAAGGCCAGGGGCGGCUGCAAUCCACCCCGGAGCUGGUGCAUCUCAACAUAAAGCAGCAUGGCGGGCCGAGGCACCACCCGCUGGUGGCUGGCGGCCGCCGCGGUGCUUGCACUGCUGCCUCAGGGCACGGCCUCAGGGCACGGCACUGCGCCUCCCGGCCUACUGUGGGCCCGACUGUGCCGCUGCCAACCCCUGCCCAAGCCAUGGCGCCUGCGGAGUCCACCCUGGUCCCUGCCGUGGAGGUGGAGGCUGUGGGCGUACCAUCGACUGAGCUGGCCGCCAUGGCGGUGCCAGCCGCGGAGCAGCCGCAGGCUGGGGUGUUGAGGGCCCAGCCCCUGCAGGCUGAGCCGCCAGCACAGGCGGUGACGGCUUCCCCCGACCAGGCGGCCCCAACCCCCGAGGCCCCCACAGCCGGCGCCCCUGCCCCCGAGUGCGCUGACGUGCCGCCGCCUGGAACCAACUACACCUGCCAGCAGCAGGCCAGGUGGGGCAAGUGCAGCGAGCCCUGGAUGCAAGGCUUCUGCAAUGCGGCCUGCGGUCGCUGCCCCUCCCCAGCCCCCGCCGGCGAAGCCGCGGCCCAGGCUGCCAUCAGCGUCGCCGCGCCCGCGCCUGCAGCGCCAGGUGGGCAGGCUUUUGAGGUGGGAGCGGCACUUCCGCUGGAGGCCGCCCUGCCUCCCGCCGGCGAGGUGGCUGCCCCAGCGGCCCAGCUGGAAGCAGCCCCGCAGCCAGCCGCAGAGGCUGCCGGCGCCCCUGCUGCACAGCCCCCUGAGCAGCGCCCGUUUGAGCUGCUGGUGGUGGGAGGCAGGCCCACCUCGACGGUUGUGCUGCUCAACUUGCCGACGCGGCGCCGCGCGCCGCGGCUGGCAGCCGACGGCGGCGUGGCCCCGCCUGCCGCCGCCGCUCCCGCAACCGAGGGCCUGCCCCGGGCGGCUGCUCCCACUGCAGAGGCCGCUGCUCCCGUCCCAGAGCUAGCCUCAGCCGCCUCGCUUGUGGCACCCCCCGCGGCGGAGGCCCCUGCCAUGCCUGCCGCGCUGGCGCCAGUAGGGGCUGCUCCUGUUGAGGCCGGCCUGCCGCCGGCGCCUGCGGUGGCGCCCCCGGCGCCCCCGCCGCCUCCAGCACCUGUCGUGCCUGCAAUCCUGGUGAUCGGACCCACCGAGGUCCCCGCAUCCACGCUCCCGGCAGUCAUCUAUGGUCCCAUGGUGCCAGCCCUGGCAGCACCCGUGCCUGCCCCUCAGCCCGAGGCAGCUCCUGUCGUCACUGCGGUGCCAGUGCCCGAGCAAGUGCAGCCGGCAGCCGCGCCGGCAGUGGAGGAAGUGACUGCGCCGGCAGCUGCGCCGGUUGUGGAGGAAGUGACUGUGCCGGCAGCUGCGCCAGUGGUGGAGGAAGUGACUGUGCCGGCAGCUGCACCGGUGGUGGAGGCAGUGACUGUGCCGGCAGCUGCGCCGUUAGUGGAGGAAGUGGCCGUACCGGCAGCCGCGCCUGCGGCCGAGGUAGCUCAGCCCUCAGCCCCGGCAGCAUGCACCGACACACCCCCUGACACUCGCUUCACCUGCCAGGAGCAGCGCGGCUUCGGCAAGUGCAAUGCGCCCUUCAUGACUCUCGGCAACUUCUGUGCCGCCACCUGUGGCCGCUGCACCCCCACUGGAGUUCCAUCGCCCGAGCCUGCUUCCACUGCAGCUCCCAGUGGGGCUCGCAGGGCUGCACCCCCCGCCGCUGCUGCCCCGGGCCAGCAGGGUCAGUGCACCGACACGCCGCCAGACAGCCUCUACACCUGCCAGCAGCAGCGUAGGUUCGGCAAGUGCAAUGAGCCGUGGAUGACGGCGGGCGGCUUCUGUGCCGCCACCUGCGGGCGCUGCAUCCCUGGCGCCGCCCCAGCCGGGUGA